AUGUCACCCCCGCUCUGCGAGGUACGUUCGCCGAAUCAUCAAGGUGGUGUGAUUUGCCGUCAUCGCGGUACCAUCUACUGAUCCCCCUGGCGAUCCCCUUGUGUACUCGUAUAGAUCUGGAGGAUCUUCGAUAUCCUUCGGACGGAGUGCUCGGUCGACUAGCGCCUCAGUUCAUUCCAUUCCGCCUUCAAAGUCUAUAUCUUCGCGCCGAGUCGACUCGACUCGACGUCGCAUCGAUCGAAACCCUCAUUCUCGCCAGCAAAGACACUCUCAAACACGUGUUCAUCUACUUUGAGCCUGAAACCCAAUACUAUCUAGACCGACAUGAGGCCGGUAUGGACGUCGCGAUUUUGACCGAUUGUACCGAAGCGACCUGGACCGCUUUGGAUCCUGUCGCCUCGCGCCUGACAAGUCUGAGCUUUCACUCUUUCCACAAGCCCUCCGAGUCGUGCAAACGCUUUCUCGCACAGCGCUCUUCCCUCAAAGAGCUGUCGCUCAACAACGCCAAAGCGCUCCCUUUCGUUCUCGACGCCCUAUCCCCCGAAGCCAGGUUGAUACAAAUCGCGCUCGGUCGUCGGCGCGAAUCCCAAAUUGGCGAGGUACCCUACGCCAUCGAAACGAUCACCGAAGCGUGGACUCGAACACCACCAUGGCCACAACUCUCGACGUUAAAGCGGUUGGAAUUGAUCGAGUCUCCUCCCGAACGCGUCUCGACGGGGAUAAGCCGCUGGUACAAACCCAAAGCCGCUUGGGGCCCGCAAUGGCGACGAGAACCGUUCGAACAAGCCGGUAUCGACGCGAACUGGUUUCUCCCGAAGAGUGAUUAUCUCUGCGUAUCGAACCGAAAUCACGACUGCGCGAAUAUGAACCCCCGCGCUCACCGAUUGGAUCGCGAUGGAGCAUGGGUCGAUAUUUGGAUCGACAUUGAGGACGGCGUUCGAGGAGGCUCAAAACCUGGCAUUUGA